AACAAUUUUUUACAAUUUUGUAAGUCGAUUGCAAUACAUGGAGCUUCAACAAAAGACUACCAUAAGAGGUACAAACUUUUAAAAACAAGUGGAAUAUUGGAGAACCCAAAUUCUGAAAUGAGUGGUGUACAAUGUUAUGACGCUCAAUGUAACAUACAAAAUCUCAUCAAACAGUUAGAAAUCAUAUCCGGUAAAAAAAUUAUCAACUGCGAUAGAUGUGGGUCGGUAAAAAAUGAAAAUAUCAACUUCUUAACUCCAAACAUGAAGACUAUUGCUAAAAAAGGAUUUACAAAAGAAACACUGGAAACAGAAAUAAAUAAAUGUAUAUCCAGAAGACAAGAACUUUGUAAUUCAUGCUGUAAUUAUAUAGAUACAAUUUAUGAAGUAGAAUCUCACAUUUUCAUUGAUGUAGACCUUUUAGGAUAUUAUGGUGAUGUAAAUUGCAAAAUAGCAUCCAUUCCAACAACUAUAAUGAUAAAUAAAAAUUGGUUCAAAUUACUGGGAAUUGUCAAUUUCGUUGGAAAUAGUGUUUUAGAAGUCCAUCGAACAUUGGGUCAUUACACAGCCUAUAUAAAAAGAUCAAAUUAUUGGGAACUUCACGAUGAUCUUAAAAAAAAGACUAUGCGUGUUUCACUACAACAAGUUAUUAAUCCCCAUAUCUUAAUUUAUGUAAUGAUGUAA